UGAUCAGUCGACAUCGCGAGUCUGUAGCUACGAGAUUGUUUCUAAUCGGUGUUCUCUUUGCUUUAAACUGCACUAGCACAUAGUUUCCCACCAACGAAGAUGAGCUGGCUGAUCUCAGCGGUGUUCCUCCUGCUGUCCCUUUGUGCCUUCUCGAUGGGCCAGGACACGAUUUCGGCGAUGUGCCUCUCGGACGAACGGUGCACGUCUUUGAAGCGUUGCGAAGACUCGGAUGAUUCCGGUCGAAGGGGAAUUAGGCCACGCAGCUCACGCAUCUGCGGCACCCAAAGGGUCUGCUGCGAGAAGGCCCAGCUGGACAGCUAUGACAGAUGGCUGGUUGAGAGAACCACAACAGUGCCUUCAACAAUUCGAAACAAGGUAUCCAGUGUCCUGGAACCGCCGCCGAACGAGAGCUGCGGACAGAACAUGGAGUGUGUACCCAGAAAGUUGUGCCGCGACAAUAUUAUCAACGACUCGGGAAUCAGCCUGAUCAAUCCGAGGAUUAGCCCGAUUCAGUGCAGCAAGUCCUUGUACCGCUGUUGCGCCGUAGAUCAAAAGGUGGAUGACAGCGAAAGUCCGUACUUGGUGAAGCAGGCGAACUUUAAGUACAAGAACUGCGGCUACAGCAAUCCAAAGGGUCUAAUACCCGACAACGACAAGUUCCCCUACUCGGAGGACGUCUCCAUAUUCGGAGAGUUUCCUUGGAUGGUGGGCAUCUUCACUGGGCGCCAAGAGUUUCUAUGCGGCGGCACUCUCAUCCAUCCGCGGUUGGUAGUUACCACUUCGCACAAUCUGGUCAACGAGACGGUGGACACCUUGGUGGCCAGAGCUGGCGACUGGGAUCUGAACAGCCUGAACGAGCCGUAUCCGCACCAGGGCAGCCGUAUUAAGGAGAUCAUCAUGCACUCCGAAUUCGAUCCGAACUCGUUGUACAACGACAUAGCACUAUUGCUCCUGGACGAGCCCAUCCGUCUCGCUCCACAUAUCCAGCCGCUGUGCUUGCCGCCUCCGGAAUCUCCGGAGUUGACCAACCAGCUGCUAUCGGUCACCUGUUACGCCACUGGUUGGGGCACCAAGGAGGCGGGCAGCGACAAGUUGGAGCAUGUGCUCAAGCGGAUCAACCUGCCACUGGUGGAGCGAGAAGAGUGUCAGGCGAAGCUUCGGAACACACGGCUCGAGGCUCGCUUCCGACUGCGACCGAGUUUCAUCUGCGCCGGCGGAGAUCCUGGCAAGGACACCUGCAAGGGCGACGGCGGCUCACCGCUUUUCUGCCAAAUGCCUGGCGAAAUGGAUCGGUACCAGCUGGUGGGCAUCGUGUCCUGGGGCGUCGAGUGCGCCGUGGAAGACAUUCCGGCGGUGUACGUCAACGUGCCCCAUCUGCGCGGCUGGAUUGACGAGAAGAUCAGAGGACUUGGAAUCGUGCUGCAGGCGCAAUAAGCUUAAACCUUAAUCCACGAUGCAAAUGAAAAAUGAGAAGCAAAGGUCGUUUUUUAAUUUCAAAAAUUAACCAAAUAAAAUAUAACGUUUAGAUAGAUUGCGCUACUUGCACGUACCCAUAUCUCCCGGACUCUCUUUUCCCGAGAAACAGGUAUCUGAUAGUCGAGUAACUCAGCUUUACAACUUUCAACUUUAAUCUGGUUUCAUCCAAUAAAAAUAAGGAUUUGCUGGUCGCCGAAGGAGUUCCCAUUGUACACUGACACUCUAAUAAUGAAUACAAUUGAAUAUUGGAUUUUGUAUUGGAUGUUGACUACCCUGAUUGAUUACUUUUACCACGUUCUCUUUGAAAAAUUAGUGGAUUGUUACUGCAAUAAGGACAAUAACCCUCUGCCUGAGAAACUCUUUAAAGCUCUUAUCAUUUACAAACGUUAUCUGCCAUCGUCGGUCUUCUAUAUCCGCCAUUUAUCCGUGCCAGCUUGAACUUAAACGCCGGAAUAGUUUUCCAUCGAGGCACUUAACUCGGAGGUACCUCCAAGUCACUGGAUUUAUUGCAAUCCUUGAACAAAGGAGCGGCACUGGGAUAUUCGAGCCAAGGAGCACAGCGUCUUCAUGCCGGCAGCUUAUAAAUAGUGGAGCCAUGGCAGAUGGCUAUGUGGACUAUCCCCCAUUUGACACCCCCAUACGCCGUGCUCCACUUCACCAUCACGGCUAUGGAACCAAAUUAACCACGAGGCAACUCAGGGAAUGGGGAAAAAGAGAAACAACGCAUUGAAUCGCCAAAAAUUGAGAAAUUACACGCUGGGCCGAGCAAACGGCGAUGUAGCGAAUUGAUUUUCGGGCUGCCUGCUGUUCCGCCUGGAGCUCCUUCCUCCUCCCCGCACCGUGGCACUCGAUUCCCCAGCCAGGAGCACAAACUCAUUUCUCAAGUAAAUUGUUUAAACAGUUUUUGCUUUGUUUUACGUUACGUUACGUAAUUUAUUAGGCACUUUUACGGCCCUCGCGUUUUGUAUCGAUUUUGUUGUUUUCAAAACUAUGGCAU